CUCUGGAUUUUAUACCACUGGAUCCCCUUUUUUUGUUUCUUCAAGCAGAAGAUCCUCUCCGUUUGGUUUGUAAGGGAUGCAGGAUCUUGUGUGCUGCCCCUGAACUGUCCCACCCUACCCUGUGCCCUUGCCUGUGGGACACAGUGACCAUGCUGACCGAGUCUCUCAGACCAGAAAGAUCAGAGCCCCGACCCACACUCAAGCCCGCUGUAUGCUCAGCAGCACCCUGUCUCAGCCAGUCAUGGCACAGCUCGAGGCUAACAGCUCACAUGCAGACAAAGUGCCUGAAAUUCAGCUGAAAUGGGCUGCCCUGCUCAUUGUCAUGGUCAUCAUUCCCACUAUUGGAGGAAACAUCCUGGUCAUUCUCGCAGUGUCGCUUGAGAAGAAGCUGCAGAACGCCACCAACUACUUUCUAAUGUCACUUGCUGUAGCUGAUCUGCUGGUGGGACUCCUAGUGAUGCCCAUUGCGUUGGUCACUGUUCUCUACAACUCUGGAUGGCCUCUUCCUGAGUUUCUCUGUCCCAUUUGGCUCUUCCUUGAUGUACUCUUUUCUACUGCAUCCAUCAUGCACCUUUGUGCCAUUUCACUGGAUCGCUACAUUGCCAUCAAGAAGCCAAUUCAACACAGCCAGUACAAAUCCAGAGCCAAAGCACUGGCCAAGAUUGCACUGGUGUGGCUCAUAUCCAUUUGUAUUGCAAUCCCAAUUCCUAUUAGGGGCCUUAAGGACUACCACCUUCCCAACAACAUCACCUUCAACAGUAACCACACGUGCCUGCUGAAAACAAACACCUUCUCGGAUUUUAUUAUAUUCGGCUCUUUGUCAGCAUUCUUCAUCCCUUUGACUAUCAUGAUGGUCAUCUAUCUACUGACUGUCCACGUGUUGCGCAAAAAGGUUUAUUUGCUCAGGUCAAAGGUUACUCAGCGCUUUAGCUCUCCAACAGUCUCCACAGUUUUUCAAAGGGACCAGUCUAUAACUUCAACUGAAGCUGAGCAAAUGCAUGUGCUGGACAGCAGACUUCCCAGGAAUCAAGAAAAACCAAAUGCAUGCACCACGACUGCUAAUACACUAAAUGAACAGUCCUUUCGCAGAAUGUCAACCAUGGGCAAGAAGUCAAUGCAGACUCUGAGCAAUGAGCAGCGUGCCUCCAAGGUACUAGGCAUAGUCUUCCUCCUGUUUGUAGUCAUGUGGUGCCCUUUCUUUAUUACAAAUAUCACCUCUGUGCUAUGCGAAGGUUGUGAUUCCAAUGUUAUUGCCCGCCUCAUGGAGAUCUUUGUUUGGGUGGGUUAUGUGUCAUCAGGCAUUAACCCACUGGUGUACACUCUCUUCAACAAAACUUUCAGGCAGGCAUUCACACGCUACAUCACCUGUAAUUAUAAAAGCUGUGCCAGUAACCUGUCAGGACAACAUCUGAGGGCGUCAACUGCAGACUGGACUCUCACAAGGAUUUCAAUCAAAUCUUCCAUGGCGGAGAACUCUAAACUAUUCAUGAAACGGGGAAUGAAGAAUGGCAUUGGAGCUGUGGCUUACCAAAGUCCACUCAGGUGUCGACAAACACCUGUACAGGCAUCUAGUGGUGUUGUGCUAGACACAAUAAUUCUGACUGAAAAUGAAGAUGGUAAACAAGAGGAACAUGUUAGCUGUGUAUAG